AUGCCAUUGACGAUACGGCGGUGUGGCAAGCAGGUCCACACGUCUGCCGACCAUUUGGAAGUGUACCAGCUUGUUGACGAUGACCUGGGCCGCCUAGUGCAGUGGACGCUGGGAAGCCAGCAGGAGUUAUGGGAAGUGCGCUUCGUGUUUACACAUGUCUGCGGUCCGAAUGGGGGCACGGUUCUUGGCCUGGGGUUUGGAACAGCUGACGUCAGAAUGGAAGAGGUGGACAUUCUGGAAUGUGAGAACCUCGCCGUCUGCGACGCUUACGACGGGGAGAUCAACAUCCUCGGUCAGCAGCUGAGCAAGGAUGGCCUGGAUCUGUGCGAGCCAAGCUCAUGCGAGGAGGAGUCCAUCACAGCCAUGUACGACUCCUCGCUUGGCCUUGUCAGAUUCACCGUGGACUCUCGCAGGUGCCGUGGGCAGUUUCGAGUUGAUGUCAUCAAAGAGACGCUGAAGCACCGAGAGCUCUACCCUACGGUUGCCUUUGCCAACAAGAAGAGCAAAGUCCGGAUCGAGCUCAUCCGGUGCUUAAUGGCCAUGCCAAUUCCUCGAGAUGAGCGUCUGCUACAGAGAGACUUCUCCGCUUCCUUAGCAAGCGAUGGCGACUUUCCGAGUGGUUGCGUCACCUUUGAAGUGGAUGGCGAGGAGCUACGAGCAGACAAGUUCCUCCUCGCCUCGCGCUCGAUCUACUUCGAGCGCAUGCUCCGCGCUGGAAUGAGCGAGGGAGCUGCGUCGCACGUCCCCAUUCCAAGGGCGUCGGCGCAUGCAUUUCGAGGGGUUCUGCGCUUCAUCUACUCUGCUGGCCAAGUGGGGCAGACGCUGUUUGAUGAUGCAGAGCCACUGGAACUGCUGCAUCUUUCAGUCGAGUUCUUGUUGGAUGAUCUCACCCGGCUUUGUGAGUGGAAACUAAUGCAGGAACUGACGCUGGGGACUGCGCUCGCCACCUUUGCUUCCGUUGUGACAGUCCGCAACCAGGUCCCGGCCCUUGUGGAAUCCUGCGUAGAGAAGAUGCAGGGCCGCAUGAAGGACGUCGUCACAAGCGACUCCUUUAAGGAGCUCUGCCGCAGUGAAGUGGGCGUUCGGGAGUUGCUUCUUUCUCUUGACGAGCCCCUGGCAAAGCGUCGUCGGUUACAAGGCGGUGGCAGAAGCUGA